AUGGCUAGCGAAGACUAUCACGGAGGAGCAUCCGCUUCCGUUCCAUUCAAGUGGGAAUCUGAACCAGGUACUCCUAAGCUCAAAUUCCGCGAGAAUAUUACUGCUCUUCCUCCUCUCACACCACCACCGGCUUACUUUCCCGCCGCCACAAAACGACCCGCCGUUAGAAAGAGCUCGAGGCCUACUCUCUUGGACACCAUCUUCCCCAAGUGCAAUGGGAGGAAAGAAUGUCAAGUACCAUCUUCACCGCCGGCUUCUUCUUCGUCGUCGUCUUCUUCUUCAUCAUUUACAUCUUCGCGGUCGUCACGGUCGUACUCAUUUGUGCUUCAGUCGCCGAUUACUCAUGAAUUAUAG